CUCCCCGCGCCCGCCCGUGUCCUCGUCGGACGAGCGCGACACGCCCCCUCCGCCGCCGCCCCCGCCGCCCCGCACCGACUCCCUCCGCCUGUCCGCAGAGGACAUGGUGCUGGUCGCCAACGGGGGCAUGAGGACCCCCUCGGGGGCUCUGGCUCACUUCCUGGCCGCCUACACUCCGGCGGAGUUGUCCCUAGCCCGCAGCGACUACCUCCGCCCCCCUCUCUCCCCCAGUCGGUCCACCGUCUCCUCCGCUCAGAUCCAUCCCCGCUCAUCUCUUUCCUUGCGGGCGGAGAGCGCGGACGUCGACGACGGUGCCAGGCUGCUCCGCCCUAAGAUGCCGCAUCAAUCCUACUCCUACAGCGUCCACACUCUCAGGCGCCAGCAUCGAACCCGCUCCCCUCCCUGCGACUGUCUCCCGGUCGAUCCGAUUCCCCCUCCCGAGCUCUUCGAUUUUUAAAAGUCACUGCUCAAUUUCGUCGCUGACUUUCGUGAUCGAUUCUGUUUUUGAAUUUAUAUCGACUUUGAUAAUUUUAAAUUUAAAAAUGGAAUCGCUCAUUUUGUAUCUAUGAAGUUGUUUUCUGAACUGUCGAACUUAUUGUAGGUAAUGUUGUAAAUUAGUUCGAUUUUUAAAUUUGUCGAACGCUAACCGCGCAGUGUUGCACUGUUGUCGACGAAGGUUUCUCUCAAAGCGUACCUACAUAGUGAUGUAACAAUGAUUGACUCGUAUGUCGAUAGUUGGACAUUCUAAUGGUAUAAUGUGCCAAUGAGGACUCAGGAAGAAAUCGCGCUCGGAAGCGUACAAGGUUAAUUCGUGUAUGUUUAUUGUAACUUAAUUUAAUGUUUAGUUGAAUUAUGCGAAUCGCUCUCAAUUUUACGCCACUUGUAAUAUAGUUUUACUCAUGAAUUUUUAUUCUUUGCCCCUUAUGUAGAUAUGUAAGUUGACUGAUCGGUCGACGAUACCGCACGUCCCGUUGUUUUUUAUGUAUUUUUCCUGUUUAUUUAUAUCGAUAUAUUCUCGAUUAGUUUCAUCGUUGCACGGAAUAAUGUUUUUCUAAAAGACAUUUUGUUUAGUGGGCCACGAGCGGUACCAUCGACCCAGUAGGAUCGUUCGUGCUAUGGCUUACCAUAUAAUAAUACGUAUUUUUAUCUUGUAAUAAUGUACAAAGUGAGUUCGCGCUCAACAGAUACAAUUUAGCGUUAGUUUAUUAAUUUUAGUGUUCUUUUCCAAUUGUAAUGACAAAUAUAAAUAUACAAAAACAUAUGGCUGUCGUCGAAUAGCGAUAUAACUGUUCAUAUUAUCGGUAUAGUAAUUGUACUGUAAGUCUGUGUCGAGCGACCGGUUUGUGUUGGCACGCAAUGUUAUGGAUGCUGCGAGGGGCCGUGUUUCAAGAUGAACUGGUCGGUCGGCGGUGGCGCGGUCGCCCAUUGCAUUCUUUCUAAUUGUAAGGCUGGAUUAGAAAGUGUCAAAAGUUCUCUAUAAUGUUACAGGUUGAAAUCACAAUCUAGACUCUAGCUAUAAUUACACUAAAUAAAAAAAUAUAUAUAAUGAAAUAAUUAUUAGAUGUGUAAUGUAUUUGUGAUCAAAGUAUUAUGGACUUCGUAGUUACAUAGCAAUAACGUUCAUAAUUGUAACUUUAUUUCUAAAUGUAAUCAGCCUUCAUUUUUUUUGUAAGUAACCGUUUUUUUGUGAUUUGGUGUGAUGCUUUUUUUUCUGUAUUCGUGUGUGACAUUUUCGCAUACUAGAUCUUAAAUAUUUAACGUAAGAUUGGAUGUGCAACGCAAUGCGGUGACCGUGGACAUUUUCUAUUAUUAUAUUUAAGUGUAGCGCUAUAAUUUUACAUGGAAUCACAAUUAUACACAUACAGACACCUCGGUCGGUCAUUGUCGCGCUGUCGGAACAAACCAUGCAUAUAUUGUCAAAUUCAUCUCUCAUGAAAUGUAAUUGUAUUUAUAAUUUUAUUUAUGUAAAAAGAUUAAUACCCAAUCUUCAAA